UGUCGUUGACAGAUCGUUACUCGAAAUAUGUAGUUUUCGUAAAAAAACUUGUUAAUCUUAAAGCUUUAUUAACGACGUGGCUUUUGUGAAACGAUAAUCCUAUCAAUGAUCUAAAGUUCUUUGCACUUAUGUCUUAAAAGAAUACGUAUUGGUAGAAAGUUAAAAAUAUGUGCUUUAGACGUAUUAGCAAUAAAGUCCUGCGAUAUUCAGAAUGUAAUUUACACACUUGAUCUUGCCUGAAUUUACUUGUUAUCUAUCUCACUCUAAGGUUUACGCUUUAUAAUGGAAGUUAUGCCUUUUUAAGUAUUUUUCAAUACUUACUGUAGAACAAUUACACCUAUUUAUAAUUAUGUAAAUAUGGAUACACCAUCUGAGAACUGGGACCCAGCACUUACCCGUCUAUUGAGCUCACUGAAAGAAGUCCAAUCUGGCGGUGAAGAUGUAGCCUUUUUGAGUGAACUUCUACAGUCGAAGCAGCUACAUGCAUUAGUUCAAGUUCACAACAAGAUUGCAGCCAAAGGAAAGGAUGAUAAAUUCUUCCCACUGCUGUCAAAUGCUAUGCAAGUCACACUUGAAGUUCUGGAUUUAUUGGGUAAUGUGGUCUCCAUAUCUAAAGAAUAUCAAGAACUUCUGAGUCUAUUACAGAAACCACACUUCCAGGCAAUUUUAUGCACACAUGAUGCUGUGGCACAGAAAGACUACUACCCCCACCUGCCCGACGUGCCAUCAGAUGCCGAUGAAGAAGAAGAAACGGUCAAAAUAGUUCAACUAGUGAAGAGUGAUGAACCACUGGGUGGAGCCCAGAGUGCCGAGCCAAUUGUGGGCGCGACGAUCAAGACAGACGAGGAGACGGGGAAGAUCGUGAUAGCGCGCGUGAUGCACGGCGGCGCGGCGGACCGCUCCGGGCUCAUCCACGCCGGCGACGAGGUCAUCGAGGUCAACGGCAUCGGCGUCGAGAACAAGACGCCCGCCGACGUGCUCGCCAUCCUGCAAAGCUCGGAAGGCACGAUAACCUUCAAACUGGUGCCGUCUUUCGGCAAAGGCGGUUCCCGCGAGAGCAAAGUGAGAGUACGGGCCCUGUUCAACUACGAUUCGGCCGACGACCCCUACAUCCCUUGCAAGGAAGCAGGGCUCAACUUUAAAAAGGGCGACGUUUUGCACAUCGUGUCGCAGGAUGACGCGUACUGGUGGCAAGCGCGUCGUGAGGGAGAACGGAUCAUGAGAGCCGGGCUUAUACCAUCGAGGGCCUUGCAGGAAGGCCGGAUCAUCCAUGAAAGGCAAUCCGACCCGCAGACAAUGGAAGGCAAGCCGGCGCUGUGCAGCCCGACGGGCGGCGCCGGGGACUGCGCCCCACAGACUCCGUGCUCGCCCUCGCCCGCCGCCACCGCGCUGCUGCCCUGCAAGUCCGUGCCCAAAGUCAGGAAGGUCAUCUACGACAUCACGGAGAACGACGACUUCGACCGAGAGGUGAUACCAACAUAUGAGGAGGUGGCGCGGCUGUACCCGCGGCCGGGGCUGGUGCGGCCGCUGGUGCUGGUGGGCGCGCCCGGCGUCGGCCGCAACGAGCUGCGCCGCCGGCUCAUCGCCACCGACCCCGACAAGUUCGUCACUCCCGUGCCCUACACAUCGCGAGCACCAAAGCCGAGCGAGCAGCACGGCAAGGAGUACAUGUUCGUGGCGCGCGAGGCGCUGGAGAAGGACAUCGCCGACGGCAGGCUCAUCGAGCACGGCGAGUACAAGGGCAACCUGUACGGCACCUCCGCCGAGAGCGUCGAGACCAUCAUCAACUCAGGGCGCGUUUGCGUGCUGAGCCCGCACUGGCAGGCGCUGAAGAUGCUGCGCACGGCGCGGCUGCGGCCCUACAUCGUGUUCGUGCGACCGCCGCCGCUCGAGCGCCUCGCCGCCACGCGCGCCGCGCUGCACGCGCGCUCCACCUUCGACAAGGAGAGCUCGCGCGCCUUCACGGAGGAAGAAUUGUUGGACAUGAUCCGGUCGUCGAACCGCAUCAACUUCCUGUACGGGUACAUGUUCGACGAGGAGAUCGUGAACGAGGAGCUGGCGGGCGCGCUGGCGCAGCUGCUCAAGGCCGCCUGGCGCCUGCAGUCCGAGCCGCUCUGGGUGCCCGCCUCCUGGGUGCAGUAACCUCCUAACCACCUCCCCUUUAAGUAGUGACUUUCAACGCCAAACACCUAUAUCCACAUAGUGACUUUGAAUAAACCUCGUAUCUUUCUUCUGUCGAUGAAAAAAUUUUUAAACUAAAUUUGUAUUGCGGUGAUUUGGCAUCUCAGUGACGGCGUCGAAAAGCUUAAACCAUAGUGUAUUGUUGGUCGCCAUUUUCGUCAGUCAUAAUUAGGCGCGCGGCAGUCAAAAACGAAAGGUUAGUGGUUACAGGAUUAUGACAUUAUGAAUUUCAAUACAUGUCAAACGAAGGAAUCCGGUACUGAUAUGUUUGUCUAGCUGGGAAAAUGUUCCACGGAAUGCCUUCAAAAUAAUUACGAUACAUGUGCGAAAAGUAGGAAAUAAAAUUAUUAAGUUUGUGAGGGAGGAGCUAUAGCGAUACUUACUCGAUACAUAUUCGUAAUAAUAUACCUUGGUGUACCCCUUACAUUUAAUUAAAGUGUCAAAAGGGCCUCUACGCGUUGGUUUCGGCCCUGCGCACGCCUCCCAAAGGUCCGGAACACCAUUGUUCCGUGAUGGGAAAGACAUACAAGAACAAUAUUAAUAACCUAAAUGUUAAGUUUUCGUCAAAAGGUUAUCUGUUACUGACAAAUUUAAUAUUAGACAGUCACAUUUCAUCGAAAUUGGGUUUUCAACCUUAAUACAUUGCGAUUGCGUGUCUUAAGAACAUUUCAACGAAAAGGGUACUUAUAGAUAAAAAUCCUUAACAUAAAAAUAAUAAACUAUCGUCUGAUGGUUUUUGGGCCAGCUUCUGUACAAAGGACCCCGUGUUCCUAUCUACAUAUGUUACGUAUAUAUAGAAAUAGAAAUCAUUUAUUCGUGACAACUGACAACAGAAAUUAUUUACACAUAACACAAAAAGACAGGCACUACCUACAUACAUAUACUUGCCACGAAAUGGUCCCGCUCCCGACCUCCCAACUCUGCAUUCUGCAAUCACUGCAUGGUGUUAGCCAGCAUGGUGUGGAUGUAUCGUUCGACAUUUACAGUACAUAUGGCCCUUUAGUAAUUAAGCCUGCAAGUGCCUAUUUAAAAUUUUACAAGGUUUUUCGCAUAUGUAUCGUAAUUCGUAAUGUACUAUGAGAAUAUAGAAACGGUUUUCAUCGUAUUUAACAGUUCCCAGCUAGGAAAUGUACUCGAAACUGAGAUUGUAUGGCCAGUCUUGGGCAGUCAAAACCCGUACAGGGAAUACAUAAUGACAGCGUUGUAACAGAGGGUUCUUAGUUCAUUAAUUUGGACUCUAAUCCAUACUUAAUAUUAUAAAUGGGAAAGUGUGUGCGUCUGUUUGUUUGUCCGUCUUUCACGGCAAAACGGAGUGACGAAUUGACGUGAUUUUUUAAGUGGAGAUAGUUGAAGGGAUGGAGAGUGACAUAGGCUACUUUUUGUCUCUUUCUAACGCGAGCGAAGCCGCGGGCAAAAGCUGGUAUAAUAUAUAACGCAAAGAUCCAUAGGUCACUGGGACCUAAUAUUAAAAUUUAAUGCAUGGACCAUAUUAUAGUCCAUAAGCAUAAGUACCAUAAAAUACAUAAUAUGAAAUGUACAUACUCACACUAGCUAAUGCUGAAAGUAAUACAGUACGCGAAUUCGUUCACGAACGAAACCGUUUAUUUACAAAUUGAGGUUCCAGUUCAUUUACAAGAAAUUGAAUGGAAGGACCGAGUGAUAUAUCAGCAAUGUGUAUCAGAAAUAUUAACCAAUGAAAUGGUUGCUGAGGUACCUAUAGUCGUAUACCGAUACAAUGUCGCUUUCAUGAAUCAACCACCACAAUUUAGAUUUCAACGUGAGUGGUCCGAUUUAAGGUUCAAAUUAUUUUGCACUUUCGUGAAAUGUGACUUGUAUUCAAUUGAAUCAUCAAAUCUAGGACUAUCCCAUAGAGAAAUAAGUGUUUUUAAAGACACUUCUUAUUAGGAUUUUUUGUGAAAUGUUGUAAAUGUAUGCUGCCCUAAUAACGUUAGAAAAGUAUUCAUUUGCUAAAGUCAGACCUGACACUCAUAGAAGCGUGCCAUAAACGUCCAAAUUUGUAAUAGUGUGCCAUGUUACAGUGGCUAUUUUCGGGGCUCAUUCCAUACAAGAGACUAUCACGACGAGUCUAUUGGCAUAUUUUGAAAACAUUAUUCUAUUAAAUUUACGUUAAAUAUAAGUGUCAAGUUUAAAGUUUCAUAGCUACCGAGACAAUUGAACCUACAACAAACGUGAACUGUGCACUAAGAUGAACUAUACGAGUAUAUAGAAAGCGUCACAGUCAGUGUCAAUGUACAGUUUAUGUUUCCGAUUGAUGGCACAAUGUAGCAGGCCUGUACCACGCACGGCCACUAUAACUUAUCUGUAUGUGUUCAUGUAGAGGCGUGCGUGAGUGUACUGUCGAGGUACCUACAAACUGCCCAAAAUAUGUUUACAUGUAGUUUUUUGGCCAUACUCAUAGAAUAGGAUCUUAGUUACAGAUUUUAGAACACGUAUCAGAGAGUAUGAUCUUGAUCAUUGAUCAUGUUUUGUAUAUGUCUAAACUAAAGUAUUUUGACACAACUCUAGUCCAGCCGUAUGAAUUUUAAAUCUGUGAGGUAUAUGCAUUUUUAAUAAUAACAAUAGCCUAGUAUAAAAAUACCUUUUAUAAACCCUUUUAAUAAAGUUUUUUGUAGAUUUAGGUUGGCGUCUUGAAUUUUAUUAUAUGUAUUAUUUAUGACUAUACCAAAGUUGUCAUGUUACCAUUGUGACCUGAGUAGUUAUAAUAGGUUUAAUGUGUAUUAUAAAGAUUCAAAAUUUAAUCAGUCGAAUCAUCAAUCAUUGACAAUACAGCGGUAAGCCAACAGGCAGUACCUAAUUGUAAUGUAAUCGUUUCACGUUUGUUUUCACCAGCAACAGAAUGCAAGCCAAUAAUGAACUGUUUUGUUCUAGUACAGUGAGCUGCACAGACAACUGACGCCCCUUUAUAGAAACUCGUUUGCUGGAGAAAUCAGUUAUCUGAUCUCUGAAGCUUACUGGACAAAGUCACUGAAAAAACAUUUCGGCUUCAUUAGUGUGCGUUGCUUAGGUUAAAACCACAUACAACCUCUGUAGAUAAGAUUUUUUUAAAUUAUUUUGUAUGAUUUUCCUCUUCGUGCUUGUGUCUUUUAUUUAACAUUGCAGUGAUAUUGUAGUUAUAUGGCGCCGUACUAUUAGCAUAGCUCUGUUGUUGCUUAUUAUUUUACAGUGUAGUGUUUUGUUGCGGUAUAGGUAGGUGAAAUUUUUACUGAAUAGUCUCUCUUAGAAUUGAUUUUUUUGUCAAAAAUCCAUAACUAUAAGCUAACAUAUUCAAAUCUCAUUUAUCUAAAUCGGCUCACUAUAUUAGAAACCAUGGUGAUAAUAUGAAAUUGUAAACACAACCAUCCCGAACGAAAUCAAAUGUAUUUCUAAUAUCUACGUAAUUAUUUGAUUUUAAUCUCGGCGUAAGUACCUAUUUACAAUGGGAUGAUUAUUUUGUUAUGCUACUUAUUAUUUUGUAAGACGUAUCUCCAUCGGAUCUCCAUCUAAGCUAGCGAUUUUAUUAAAUUAAUUUUCACAUUCUAUCCAAAGAAAUGGUUUAUUCCAAUAGAGAUUGUCCGCAACGGCAACGUCGCGCUCGCGCGCCCUUGUCACAUAGCAGCACUCCUAGUACGCAACGUCCUCACUCGCCAAGUUCCGGACGCACUGACUAAACACACUAUGUCAUCAAUAAUCGCUGUGAAUAGAUCAAAUUUCAUUAUUAUGUUAAAGUGAAUAAUGCAUUAGUGAUAGACCCAAUGAAGACGUUGUUUAAAAGUCUGAAUAUACACAAUGGGAUUUAGGUAUCCUAUGUAAAUAAAUUUAAAUAUAGAAUUAGAUUCAAAAUAUACAUUUAUUAUAAUAAUAUAUAUUUAUCUUUGCAUGCUUCUAAAGCAUUUCAUGUGAAUAGGACAGCAUACGACUGUAUGCUCAUAGAUUAUUUCCUAGCAAAACUCGAAUUAUCUAUAUUAUGUAAAACCUUAAUAAAAAUGAAAGUAAAUUGUACAAUAAAGGGGAUAUGGCCAAAAUUGUUCACAAGUGUUAUUGGAAACCCUGUGGCCAGAUGGCAGAAGGUUUUCUUGAUUCGAGCUUUAAGUUCGAAUAUCGCUUGUGAUAUAUGUUUUUCAUCACAUCUGCGGAAAAAUGUUAACAUAACUUGGAGAUAAUUUGUUGAUAUGGUAAAAUUAUUUGAUGAUGAAAUUCAAAGGUGUAGCCAAUCCGCAUUGGGCUAGCGCGGGGAGCCCAACUCUCAUGCGUGAGAGGAGGCCUGCGCCCAGCAGUGGGACAUAGGCUCAAUUAUUUUUAUUUUAUUUCAAUUAAAAAGAAAAAACAAAUAAUUUUGAACCAUCCUGAUUCGUAUGCAUCAGUGACAUACAGAUUAAAAUGUAAGGAGCACGUGUGAUGAAAAGUAAUAUAUUCUGUUCCUUGAACACAACCAGGUGUAUCAGUACAUUUUACAUUGCAGACAUUUGCAAACAAAACGAUUAGUGAGGCCUAAAUUAGGUGUAAAAAUUCAACUCAAUUGUAAUAAAGUAUCAAAGCUUGAUCUACUAAAUCUACUUAACUAAAAUAAUAGGCCACGGAUUCCAUAAACGAAAUUAUAUUAUAUAAAUUGUAAUUAAUAGUUAGCAUUUAUUCGAAUGGAAGCUGCGCGCGGUUGCCUUUUUUCCUCUUUGGCCAUAUA